GCUAUACGCAUGACCAUCAAGAACAAAUACCCGAUCCCACGAAUCGAUGAUUUGCUUGACCAUCUUCGGGGAGCCACGGUAUUUUCAAAACUAGAUCUGCGGUCUGGAUACUGUCAAAUAAGAAUGGCGGACGAUUCCGUCCACAGGACUGCCUUCCGAACUGGGUACGGAUCGUACGAGGAUCUGGUAAUGCCGUUCGGACUCACCAACGCACCUGCAACAUUCCAAAUAGAAAUGAAUCAUAUCCUACGCCCACUCUUGGACGAAUGCGUGGUGGUGUACCUGGACGACAUCCUCGUCUACUCGCGCGACAUGAAGCAGCACGUCGAACACCUACGAUGCGUCUUCGAAAUUCUUCGACGAGAACGGUUCUACGUCAAAUUGUCCAAGAGCGAAUUCGCCCUUGAGAAAGUCCAAUUCCUCGAACAUAUCGUAAGCGCUCAAGGAGUUCACGUAGACCCCAAGAAAAUCGAAGCCGUACGUGCGUGGAAGACACCCGAGAACGUGAAGGAGUUACAGCAGUUCCUUGACUUUGCUAACUACUACACCAGGUUCGUGCCGCAACACGCGAAGAUCGCCACGUCACUCAAGAAGAACACGCCCUUUAAAUGGGAGACGAAACACCAGGAAGCCGUGGAGCAGCUGAAACAAGCACUCACGUCCGCACCCGUACUCAUCUUGCCAGACCCCGAACGCGACUACGUCAUCGAAGCUAACGCCAGCGACCAGGCACUGGGAGCAGUCUUGAUGCAAGACCAGGGGAAUGGACUGCAACCAAUUGCCUACCUCAACAAAAAAUUACAUGGAGCAGAACUCAACUACCCGAUACACGACAAGGAGGCCCUUGCUAUCAUCAUCGCCUUCAAAACGUGGAGAUGCUAUCUCGAGGGACGCAAGACGACAUGUGAGGAUGAGGAGGAGGAGGAGGAGGAGGAUGAGGAGAAUGAGGAGGAGGAGGAGGACGAGGAGGAGGAGGAGGAGGAGGAGGAUGAGGAGAAUGAGGGGGAGGAGGAGAAGGCGAGGAGGAGGGGAAGGAAGGGGAAGAGGAGGAGAAGGAAGGGAGGGGGAGGAGGAGGAGAAGGAGGGGGGGGGGAGGAGGAAGAGGGGGAGGAGGAGGAGGAGGAGGAGGAGGAGGAGGAGGAGGAGGAGGAGGAGGAGGAGGAGGAGGAGGAGGAGGAGGAGGAGGAGGAGGAGGAGGAGGAGGAGGAGGAGGAGGAGGAGGAGGAGGAGGAGGAGGAGGAGGAGGAGGAGGAGGAGGAGGAGGAGGAGGAGGAGGAGGAGGAGGAGGAGGAGGAGGGAGGAAAAGAGUAGGUGCGCGGAGCGAUUGGCCACAAUGCGGA